CUUGUUGUGUGAGUCGACUCAAAAACCUCUCUUGAACCCAACAACACAACACAGUCCGUAGCGCAUUCUUCGCUACUGUGUUUUUCUGUUUCUUCCUUAUCCAUUUCUCAAAAACACCAUGACAACCCUUUCAGUUCCACUCAACAUCUUCUUCUUCCAUCAAUUUCAAACCACACACACGUCUUCAUUUCUUCAUCACUCUCAAACCGUUACUUUUUCCCCUAGAAAAACCGUCGUUAAAACCGCUUGUUCCUCUUCACAACAAAACCCACAACAACGCCAAAAGCAUCAUAAGAAGAAACAGUUCAAUGAUAAUAUCGAUGACAUUGAUUCUGAUGAAGAAAAGGGUUUGGACCCUAUUGGUUUUCUUUCCAAACGUGGAAUUUCCAAUAAAGCAUUUGCUCAGUUUCUUCGUGAAAGGUAUAAAGCGUUGAAGGACCUGAAAGAUGAAAUUUUGAAACGGCACAUGAACUUCAAGGAGAUGGCUUCUGGGUUUGAGUUAUUGGGAAUGCAUCGUCAUCCAGAACAUCGGGUGGAUUAUAUGGAAUGGGCUCCAGGGGCUCGCUAUUGUGCAAUUACUGCUGACUUUAAUGGCUGGUCACCUACAGAAAAUUGUGCGAGAGAGCAUUACUUUGGCCAUGAUGAUUACGGAUACUGGUUUAUUAUUCUUGAAGAUAAGCUGAGAGAGGGAGAAGAGCCAGAUGAACUCUACUUUCAGCAGUAUAACUAUGUAGACGAUUAUGAUAAAGGGGAUAGUGGAGUCACCAUUGAAGAGCUCUUUAAGAAGGCAAACGAUGAGUAUUGGCAACCAGGAGAAGACCGUUACCUAAAAAACCAUUUCGAAGUUCCCGCUAAGUUGUACGAGCAGAUAUUCGGUCCUAAUGGACCUCAAACCAUGGAAGAGUUAGGAGACAUGCCAGAUGCAGAAACAAGGUAUAAGGAAUGGGCAGCAGAAAAUGGACCUUCCCCUUAUGCCGUGAUUGAUAAUGGAAAGAAUUACGACAUAUUUAAUGUGACAGUUGAUCCCCAAUGGCAAGAGAGAAUUCGGGAACUGAAACCUCCUUUAGCGUACUGGCUUGAGACACGUAAAGGAAGGAAGGCAUGGUUGAAAAAGUACAUUCCUGGCAUUCCUCAUGGCAGCAAGUACAGGGUUUACUUUAACACUCCAAAUGGACCAUUGGAGCGCGUACCUGCUUGGGCUACCUAUGUGCAACCAGAAUUAGAUGGUAGGCAAGCUCAUGCAAUCCACUGGGAACCACCUCCUGAACACGCAUACAAAUGGAAAAAUAAAAGCCCCAAAAAACCAAAAGCAUUGCGAAUAUAUGAAGCUCAUAUUGGAAUUAGUGGAUCUGAGCCAAAAAUAUCCUCAUUCAAUGAUUUCACAGAUAAGAUUCUUCCUUACAUAAAAGAAGCUGGAUACAAUGCAAUCCAGUUGAUUGGAGUUGUCGAACACCAGGAUUAUUUUACUGUUGGUUACAGAGUUACCAAUUUUUAUGCUGCUAGUAGUCGAUAUGGCACUCCUGAUGACUUCAAGCGAUUAGUUGAUGAGGCACACGGACUAGGAUUGCUUGUCUUCAUGGAAAUUGUUCAUUCAUAUGCAGCUGCAGAUGAGAUGGUUGGAUUGUCGAUGUUUGAUGGAUCUAAUGACUGUUAUUUUCAUUCUGGUAAACGGGGGCAACACAAGUUCUGGGGAACCAGAAUGUUCAAAUAUGGCGACCUUGAUGUUCUGCAUUUCCUUCUAUCAAACUUGAACUGGUGGAUUGUGGAGUAUCAAAUUGAUGGUUUCCAGUUCCAUUCACUUUCAUCUAUGAUAUAUACUCACAAUGGUUUUGCUUCUUUUACUGGUGACUUGGAAGAGUACAGCAACCAAUAUGUUGACAAGGAUGCACUAUUAUAUCUUAUCUUGGCCAAUGAGAUACUACAUGUUCUUUACCCAAAUAUUGUGACAAUAGCAGAAGAUGGAACUUAUUAUCCUGGAUUAUGUGAGCCAACUUCUCAAGGUGGACUGGGAUUUGAUUACUAUGUCAACCUUUCUGCGCCAGAGAUGUGGUCAACUUUUCUUGAGACUGUUCCUGACCAUGAAUGGAGCAUGACUAAGAUUGUUAACACAUUAAUAUCCAAAAAGGAAUAUGCUGAUAAAAUGCUCUUGUAUGCGGAAAAUCACAACCAGUCCAUAUCUGGAAGGAGGUCAUUUGCAGAAGUAUUGUUUGGUGAAAUUGACAAGCAUUCGGAACACUAUAAGGAGUCUUUAUUGAGGGGAUCUUCAUUACAUAAAAUGAUCAGAUUGAUCACAUUAACAAUUGGCGGGCGUGCCUAUAUGAACUUCAUGGGAAAUGAAUUUGGGCAUCCAAAGAGAGUUGAGUUUCCCAUGUCGAGCAACGACUUCUCAUAUUCGCUUGCUAAUCGUCAGUGGGAUCUUUUGGAAAAAGAUGGAGUUCACCAUGAUUUAUUUACCUUCGAUAAGGACAUGAUGAAGCUAGAUGAAAAUGAGAGAGUGCUCUCGCGAGCUUUUCCAAUCUUUCACCAUGUUAAUGACAGUUCAAUGGUCAUAUCUUACGUCAGAGGCCCCCUUCUCUUCAUUUUCAAUUUUCAUCCAACAGAUUCUUAUGAUAGUUACACUGUAGGUGUAGAAGAAGCGGGGGAGUAUCAACUUAUUCUGAACUCAGAUGAAAUAAAGUAUGGAGGUCAGGGGAUCCUUAAAGAAGACCAAUAUUUUCAAAGAACUAUAAGUAGAAGAGUCGAUGGCCAUCGAAACUGCAUAGAGGUGCAACUCCCUAGCAGAACUGCUCAGGUUUACAAGUUAAAGAGGAUUUUAAGAAUAUGAAGCAUGCUGCAACAUCUGAGGGGUAUCUAUAAACCAGAACUUGAUCACAUUUAAAGACCGACAACUUUCUUCGGCAUCUCUAAUGUUGCAAGAAAAAUUAAAGGGUAAAUAUGAUCCACAACAUACCUGUGCAUGGAAGUUCAGAACAAAUGAAUCCUAGAUUGAUGGAGAUGCAAGGUACUGGAAUAUGGCACAGCAUAUUCUAAUUAUGCUUGUAAAGUAAUAAACCCUACCGAUCAUAUACUACAAAUGGGAUAAUUUUGUAAAGAGUUACUAGAAAAUCUCAGAACAUCAUGACGUUGUUUGAUUUAUGUAGCUGACUGUAUUUAGUGGGAUAAGGCUUGGUUGUUGUUGUUGUUGAGUUACUAGAAAAUCUACAUUUAUGAUAUAGUUCAUAUAGGAGAAGGAACUUAUGAGAUAGGACUUUAUUUUUUAGCUCCAUAUUCAUAGUGUAAAGAGGAGUAACUAAAAUAUUCAGUUGCUCUAGGAUUGAAUGUCCUGUAAGUCAUACCUGAAUUAUCUGUAUAUUAUUGAUUCAGUUCAUUUGUUGUAAGGUAUAUGUAAAUUUCCUGAUUUGAUGAUGCAUCAGUUAUGGUAGAUGGAUGAUUAUCACAA